GGGAAAGGAACGAACCCAAAGCCAAUCGUGGCGGGAAAAAGAAAAGGAUAAAAAUCGAGUCUCUCUUUCGGUAACUGAGUAUCAAAUUCAUCAAUCCAACAAAGCAAUCAUCGUCUUCUUCAUUGAGUCCUAUAGUUCUUAGGUUUUGUGUUGCGACUCUUGUUUUUUCAUUUGAGCUUUUACUUCAAUUUCUAUGGCGAAGAAGAAGAAAUCUAGGGUUCCGAUCGAAGAAGAGGAGGAAGAGCAAGUUGAGACUCCCACCCAAUCUUCCACCAACCCGAAUAGCCUCUACGAGAUUCUUGGAGUGGAGAGGACAGCUUCUCAGCAGGAGAUAAAGAAGGCAUACUAUAAGUUGGCACUUCGCCUGCAUCCUGAUAAAAACCCUGGAGAUGAGGAAGCAAAGGAGAAAUUUCAGCAGUUGCAAAAGGUUAUGUCGAUUCUUGGGGAUGAGGAGAAGCGUGCAGUUUAUGAUCAAACUGGCUGUAUUGAUGAUGCCGACCUUGCAGGGGAAGUUGUUCAGAAUCUUCAUGAAUUUUUCAGAACCAUGUACAAAAAGGUCACUGAAGCUGAUAUUGAAGAAUUUGAAGCAAAUUACAGAGGCUCUGAGUCAGAGAAGAAAGAUUUGAUUGAUUUGUUCAAGAAAUUCAAGGGUAAUAUGAACAGGCUGUUCUGCUCAAUGCUUUGUUCAGAUCCCAAGCUUGACUCACACCGGUUCAAGGACAUUUUAGACGAGGCAAUUACUGCUGGCGAGCUAAAAUCAACGAAGUCCUACGACAAAUGGGCAAGGAAAAUAUCAGAAACGAAACCACCGACCAGUCCUUUGAGGAAGAGGGUGAAAUCUAAUAAAGAGUCAGAAACAGAUCUCUAUGCCGUAAUAUCUCAAAGACGAAAUGAGAGGAAAGAACGAUUUGAUUCCAUGUUCUCGUCUUUAGUAUCUAAAUAUGGGGGAGGCGAUGCCUCAGAACCGACCGAGGAAGAAUUUGAAGCUGCCCAGAAGAAGUUAGAGGACCGAAAGUCCUCCAAAAAAUCCAAGAGGAAGUAAUUAUCAUCUUUGAUAAAAAAAAAUAUGCUUGAUCAAUCGUCAGGGCAAUGGUUUUCCAUGAUGAUGUUUUUGCUUCAUGAAUGUACAUGUCUCGGUUUGCUGUCUUCUUUAUUUUCCCUGCUUAAUCUUCCAGGAAGGUUUGCAUUCAAAAGAAUUGGAGAACAAAUAUUUUUUGGUUUGAAAUCUAAGAUAUGGCUUUGACUCUUGAA